AUGAUCCUCAAGCAACUAAUUAACAUAUUGAAAUAGUUCAGCAAUUAUUGCAAAUCAAUGCUGUUUUCUUCAUUCAUCUUUUUGUCACUCCCUCAUCAGGCAGUUCCCAAGUAUGUUUAAUACCGAUCAGCCAAGAGGAAAAAGACGGUUCUCAACCCCUUCCACCUGCACUGUAAAAAGUACAGCCUUUCAUUUUUUUGUCCUUUCUGAACCAACCCUGUAUACACCAAAGGGCUCUGAAGAGAUAGAAUUUGCCCAUGCUGGCCUUGGUAAAAGGAUGCUCAGUCUAGCAGACCACUUGAAGCACAGUGAGAUUGUGUCUCUUGUAGAGGAUGAAUACUCUAAACUGAAGACCCUAAAAGGAGGAUGGAUGUUUUCCAAGGGAACAGGUGGUAGUGGGCGUCGCAAGCUCACAAUUAUUCCAAUAGACUCUGAAGGCUACUCCACACGUGUGUUAAAAGCAGCUUCAAACAAUGGAAAGAACACAAUCUAUGUGGUUCCAAUACAAGAGCACCUAUCUACAGAGCCAUUGCCUUAUGACUCACCUGAGUUUUCAAAGAUGCCACAGUCAACCUGCAUCACCUGUGGUAGUGAAAUGCCCUUGCAGCUCUUGCCGUUGCAUGUGGGACAAUGCAGUGGCACAAUAACUGGCAAUACACCUGGGGCUAGUCUUGAUGAAGAUUGCCAUGUCAUUGAUCAGCCAGUUGAACCUACCACAGGGACCAGAGAAGGGAUGGGAGUAUCUUUUGAGGUUUGCCCAAUUUGUCUUACACCAUACCCAUUUGAUAUCCUGUUAUCUCAUGCAAGCACGUGUGGUGAUAGAAUGGGCAUCACUCACAGCGAAUCAGCCAGCCCUACAAGGAGAGAAGAAUUGCCAGGACCCUCAGUUCAACGACUGUCUAUACAACUGUCAGCAGCACAUAUGAACGAACAAGAUCCUUGGAAAGCAUGUCAGCUGUUCCGAGAAGAACUACUGGACAGAAACUCCGAACAUCGACGUCUCUCUCUCACUCUCGACAUGUUUGAUGAACCAGAAGAACAGGACAGUUCGCUGAUUUCGUUCUAUAAAAUGAACAAUGUUAACUGGGCUGCUCCAUUCAAGUGCCAUCUGAGAGGAGAUGCAGCUGUUGGCGAAGGGGUGAACCGACAUGUUUUGUCAUUGGUCAUGCAAAAACUGAAAACUGGUUUCAGUAUAAAUCUAGGCUCUGCUGGUCUCACAACCCUUUUUGAAGGCGAAAAAGAACAUCGGGUUCCCUCCGCAGCUGCUGUGCUUAGGGCAAGUAACCUGUUUGAGAUGGCAGGCCGGAUGAUUGGCCACUCUGUCCUGCAUGGUGGUCCUGGUUUCUCAGGACUCAGUUUUCCUGUGGUUAAACUUUUGACUGGUAGACACAGGGACACUGCAGCAUCCGCUCUGACCCUGCAGGACUGUCCUGAUCUAGAUCACCGCGAAACAAUUGCUCUUCUCACAAAAGCAAAAAUGACUGCAGCAGAAACCACCAGUGUGACUGAUCUUUGCCUGUCCUGGGAUCUCCCGGUUCCUUCACCUACCAAUCAUGACUGGCUGUUUCAAGAACUGCUCACACAAGCAGUACUUGAUCGUGUUGCGCAACCCAUUAAACAGAUCCGGAAAGGCCUGAAAGACACAGGAAUCUGGCCGCUUCUGUCAGAUAGACCAGAUGUUCACCCCAUCAUUUUCCCACGGGAGGCAGAUGAGGAGCUUGAUGCGCAAACUGUGAUCAAGAACAUUUGCUGGCCAAAACCGACAUCUGACAGCGACCAGGAUGAGGAUGAGGAAGACUGUGUCCCAUUUGAGACAGUUACUCUUAUAACUGAGUUUUUACGAAAAUUCAUUGUGGAAGCAUCACCAGAGGUGUUACGUGACCUUGUGAAGUUCUGGGUCGGGUGGGAACAGCUGACUACCAACCUCAUCGUGGAGGUUGUGACCUCUACCUAUCCAGUAGCACACACCUGUUUCUCCAAAUUGAAGCUUCCCAGCCACUACCGGACCUACAUCAAGUUCCACGAUGACUUAUCGAUGUGUAUCCGAUGCACCAAUAGUGGUUUUGGGCUAGUGUAGGUUUUCACAUCUUUUAUGGACAUCUUUUAUGGAUGCCAAAAUAAGGUCAGCAUGAGUGAAAUAAGUAUGUUAAGAAUGUUAGAUGUUUACACAAAACUAAUAAUGCAGAAGUUAUAUCCUUAUCGUUCACUGAGUAGCAUAACUUCAGUCUUUCACAUUGUGUUGUCAAAUAAUUGUCUUAUGCUAAUAAAG